AUGCUGAAAAGAAAAAGGCACGGUGUCAGACAACGGGAGGACGACGGCGUGCCGGUCUCCCCAUUUCACGACAUCCCGCUCUUCGCCGACAAAGAUGAGGGCAAGGUAUCGAGGUCCAAGAGCCCGAACCCCAUCAGCCAAGAUAUCCUCGACAGGGAGCCUCGCUUCACAACGGGUUGCUUUCCGCAUAAGGGUUAUCUGUGGAAGUACGGAGCUCUCUCCCAGGUGAGCGACAAUGACCCGCUGGACGCCUGCGAGAUCGGCCAUACCAUCGCGCAAAUGGGCGGCGUGAAACAAGUCAGGGUCCUCGGCGUGCUGGGCCUGCUCGACAACAGCGAGACAGAUUGGAAGGUCAUGGUCGUUGACGUGACGAACCCCCUGGCUGAGAAGCUGCACGACAUUGCCGACGCCGAGAAGCGUCUCCCUGACAACACGACGUUGGACGGAACUCCUGGUAAACUCGAUCCUGGCGGGACGGACCUGCCAGCCGACAAGCACCUAACGCUAGCCCCCAUCAAGCAGGACCUGGGAGAGUGGUGCUUUGUCGACUGA